AUGGAUUGUGCAAAAUGGGCAUCAAAAGACAUAAACAUAAAAUAUGAGAGACGAGACAACAGAAAUGGCUACAAAGCUGGUGCUCUUAAACACGGCAUGAUGCACAACGACAUCAAGCAAUGCAACUAUCUGGCCAUCUUUGAUGCUGAUUUCCAGCCCGAGCCAGAUUACCUCCAACGCACUAUCCCAUUUCUUAUCCACAACCCUGAGCUCGCUCUCGUCCAAGCCCGAUGGAGGUUCGUAAAUGUGAACACAUGCUUGUUGACGAGGAUGCAAGAGAUGUCUCUCAACUACCAUUUCAUGGCAGAGCAACAAUCUGGAUCUACAAGACAUGCUUUCUUUGGCUUUAAUGGAACAGCAGGUGUAUGGAGAAUCGCCGCAAUGGAAGAAGCUGGAGGAUGGAAAGACCGGACGACCGUAGAGGACAUGGACUUGGCAGUUCGUGUUGGUCUUCUCGGUUGGAAAUUUGUCUUCAUCAAUGAGUUGAGUAUGCAAUGCGUGCAAUCCUUUUCUCAAAAUGUGAAAAGCGAGCUACCAAGCCAAUUUAAGGCCUUUAGAUUCCAGCAACAUAGGUGGUCUUGUGGUCCAGCCAAUCUCUUCCGGAAAAUGACGAUGGAAAUCAUUCACAAUAAGCGUGUGAAGAUUUGGAAGAAGGUUUACGUGAUCUACAGCUUCUUUUUCCUACGGAAGAUCAUAGUCCACUUCUUCACUUUCUUCUUCUACUGUGUCAUUCUUCCUACAAGUGUCUUCCUUCCCGAAGUCAAAAUUUUCGAAUUGGUCAACUAUAUACGUUCCUUCUAUCAUCACCAUCUUAAGUGCCAUUGCCAGUCCAAGGUUAUUGUCUGUACACAUGCGCAUAGAUCAUUCUACCUCGUGGUUUUUUGGGUCAUAUUCGAAAAUGUAAUGGCUAUGCACGGGACCAAGGGAACGUUCAUUGGCUUAUUUGAAGGAGGAAGAGUUAAUGAAUGGGUUGUCACCAAAAAAUCAGGAGAAGCACUUAAGACCGAGCUACUUCCCGAGUCGAGGAAGCCUCGUUAUGGAUUUUUCGAAAGAGUAAACCCAAAGGAAAUGAUUAUGGGUAUAUACAUAUUGUGCUGUGCCUACUACGACUUUGCCUUCGGGAAUGCAUUUUUAUAUGUAUAUCUCUGCAUGCAAGCCACUGCCUUUCUCAUCUCCGGAGUUGGUUUUGUUGGAACUUAACGUGUCUAAUUUGAAAAUCUUCAAGUCAUACUCAAGAAUACGUGCAAAUAACCAUUCUCAUUUUGAUAUAUGUGUGAUUAAAUUUCUUUAGCAUGAUGUUAAUUUGAUAAUAUUUUUGUUUUCUGUAAACUACCGUACUUGUUCGUUAAAUAUUAAUGUUGGGGGAUAAAGAAAAAG